AUGUCGGAGCAUGUCCCACUCCCUCAGGUUGCACGUUUCGCCAAUAAGCUGCCCGAAGAGCCCACUCCGGUCGAGAACAAAGUGGGCGAUGUCGCUCAGGCAGCCAAGCUUACUGCGGCAGCUGCUGCUGAGAAGGGGUCUUUCCUGGUCAUUGGGGAGAAAGCUCAUGAGUCUGAAUCGACUAAGGCCUCCAAUAGCGGUUCCCCUUCAGCUAAGUCACGUAAGAAGAACUGCGAUCCCCGUGCCUACACUAAGGAUAAGCCUUAUCAGCCAUGCUACCAACCCGAUUGGGUCGAUCCUAAGAUGCCUGAGACGAAGCAUUAG